AUGGAAUGUGAGACAACAGAACCCCAACUUUCUUUAAUUUUACCUCAAGCAGGGCCUUUAAAUUUUGGAAAUUUAAGUAUCAAAGAAGGGGAGGAUUUAUCUAAAUUUGUCUACGCUUAUGGAAAUGACUUUCCAAAAGUAAACUAUUCUUGCAUUUUUGGUUCAACAAUUUCUGUCAGAGGUCAAUGGAUAAGUACUUCCCUUAUACGUUGUGAAUAUCCAAAAAAUAUUUUAAUUGGACCUUCUAAAUUAACUUUUGGAUUAAUUCCUUUAGAUUCCAAACAGUUUGUUGCGAAUAAUUUAGAUUGGCCGACGACUCAUUUUACAUUUUUCUCUAAUAAUUGUUCACCUUCUUGCAAAGGCCAUUGUUUAGGACCUCUUUGUUUAUGUCCAUUUAAUAGGACAGGUCUUCAAUGUGAUCAACCAUUUAAUAAAUUAACAUUAAAUAAUACUUCAAUAUUACAAAAAUUUAAUGGAAAUAUUGCGGAAGAAUUUAUUGAAUUUAUUCCCUAUAUUUUUAAAUUACCUGUUGAGAUUAACCCUUCAAUUACACGUCUCUCUUUAGAAUCUGAUAUAGAAGGGGGUGGUGGUGGAUUAAAAUUAGAUCCAUUUCAAGAACAAAUUUAUUGGUCUAGUCCAUUGGGUCGAAGCAAGCCCUAUUCAAUUUCUUUGAAAAUAGAAAAUGACGGAGAGGAUCAUGAGUUAAUUAAUUGGACUAUUAAAGUUAAUCCAAGCUACUCAGCUGAAUUAGAAAGAAGUUUAACAUUAGUGAAUCAAACAAAUGGGAGGGAAUUGAGUGGAAAAAUAAAAUGGGAAAGUAUUUCUAAUAAAAAGCCGCCUUUUGCAUUUAAUUCAAGUCUUCCCUUGCUUGUUCAUAUUUAUGCCACCGAUUCUGCUAGACCCGUUCCUCUUGAAGAUUUGCCAAUUUGGACAGGGCGAUCUAGUAGAAGGGAUGAUGAAGAGGGUGAUGGUGGUUUUUGUUGCUUCAGACGGUUGCUUUACCCUUAUUUGGGCACUGCAGAGAAAAUAGCUAUCACUGUCAGACAUCCAGGCUCUGAUUUGGAAGAACAUUUACAUAGUCGUGAUCUUCACGAUGAGACAGAUGCUCUUGAAUGGACACAAGAACGUGUAGAAAUAACUGAUUAUUUAAACGAAGUUCAACCAAAAGAAUGGGACCAAAACAACAAAAGUUUAACGUUAAAUUACUCUUUAAGACUUUCCCCUUUGGGAGGAGAUUGUAAGGAUGGAUGGCGUUUUGAAGUUCUUGAACCGAGAGAAUUUAUUUUUAUCGUUGAAAAUGAUAAACUACAAAUGUUGCAAGACAAACCUGGAACAUAUCUUGUAAAACUUAAAUUCCAAACAUUUGUCGAUGUGGAAAUUUCUGAAGAGAAUAAUGUUCGAAUACCGUUACGUGUUGUAUUUAUGUGUAUGCCUACUGGACAAAGCCUUACUAUAGAACAAGCACUCGUUGGUUUAAUAUUUCCUGGAAAGGAGGAAAUCAAAGCAAUUACUGGAGCUAAAUUAAAUCCAAAGCGUUUAUUUGUUGAUUUAAACAAAAAUCCAUUUAAUGUAAUUUCGUUAAAUAUUUAUUUACCUAAUGAUUUAUCAAAUAAAUUACAAAAAGAUAAUUUAAAAGAAACUGAAUAUUUUUUACCUUUUACUUUAAUUUGGAUUAAUCGACCUUCUCAAAAUAAUUGGCGAUUUUGGUUAAAAUUAAAAUCAGAAGAAAUUGAAAAAUACAAAAAUAUAUUGAAUGAAAGUGGGGGAAAUAUUGAUGGGGCUUUUUUAAUUAAAGGAAAUGAAAAUGUAUGUAGUUAA